AAAAAGAACGAUAAGAGGUGUGACGAUUGUAAAUGCAGAACAGCACACCAUACAUCUCAAUUAUCAACCACAACAGGCUGCACUACAGUUUGGGCUGAACAGCAUGUUUUCUCUGUGUUUGAUUCUCUCUGCAGUUUGUGCUAUAGGCACAACAAUACCUGUACCAGAUGUUUACCAGUACUCUCUAAGUGUCGGAAGCGGCAGCGGCAUUGAAUUCUCCACAGCAAGUGAGGGUCGAAUCACAGCAAUCAGAGUAUGGGAAUAUCCCGGCAACUAUAUUACCGGCCUUCAGCUGAGAUAUGAGAGUAACUGGACGGCAGUGUUUGGUUCAGAAUAUGGAAACCAGCAAGAGAUGCAACUCUACGACAAAGAAAUCAUCAUCCAGGUCUCUGGGAAGCAUUCGGGCUACAUCUAUGAACUUAUGUUUGUCACAACUCUGGGGAGAUCUUUCAAAGUGGGGGUGUCUGCUGGAACCUCAUUCAACUUCUUUCCCACCAUGAAAGGAAGUCAACUGCGCUUUCUCAGCGGUCGACAUGACGGAUGGGCCUUAGCAUCUAUUGGGGCUCAUUGGGCCCUGGUGGCAGUUAAAUGAAGAGCUAAUCUAUUUUUUUGUUAAGCAUGAAUGUUCAAUUAAAUGCUAUUAUUUGUUCUUAACUGGUUAUGUCCUCUAAAUGACACUUCUGUAAUAUUCUAUUCAUUAGUAGCUAGGGUUUCACCACUAACAUAUUCACUUUCAAUGUAUUUGUAGGUGGUUCCUCUUAUUUACAUCAGGCAAUAUCUAAUUAAACAUGUAUAAAAAUGUAUAAAUGUAUAAUUUCAUGUCUUUUUUACGCACUAGAAAAAUUCACAUUCACACGCCUUCAUACAGCCUUUCUAACACAAAAACAUUAAUCACAAAAGUUUUAAUCAGUAUAUUGAUUUCAUAUUGUUUUAUGUAAUUGGGUGGCGUGAUAGU